CUUAACAAGUUCAUUCGCUAUAUUCGCUCUGGUCUUCUCCUUUUAGCGCAAGAAGUAUGAACGCGCUGAAGUCUGCGGAGGCUGUAAAUACUGUACGGCCACUUCAGACGGCGGAUUGACCAAACAGAAACCUACAACUAGGCAUUGCACGUAUCACGCAGCAGUGUCAGAGAGGAAAAAAGGUCUGGGAAGCACUGAUGUAGGCUCCCCGGUGGGCAAGGAAUGGACCAAGGCCAUGGCGAACUGUAAUCCACUUAGAUCACCGCCCUCCGCCCUCAGUGAGGUCAACCUGGGACCCUCGGCAAACCCACAUGCCAAGCCCACUGACUUUGACUUCUUGGCUGUUAUUGGAAAAGGGACCUAUGGGAAGGUCCUGCUCGCCAAGCUCAAAGCUGACAACAAAUUCUAUGCGGUCAAAGUUUUACAGAAGAAAGUCAUCCUGAAGAAAAAGGAGCAAAAGAACAUCAUGGCAGAGAGGAACGUGCUGCUGAAGAGCCUGAAGCACCCUUUCCUGGUGGGCCUCCACUACUCCUUCCAGACCCCAGAGAAGCUCUACUUUGUCCUGGACUAUGUCAACGGGGGAGAGAUUUUCUUCCACCUGCAGAGGGAGCGGUGCUUCUUGGAGCCGAGGGCUCGGUUCUAUGCUGCCGAGGUUGCCAGUGCCAUCGGCUACCUUCACUCCCUCAACAUUGUUUACAGAGAUUUAAAGCCAGAGAAUAUUCUCUUAGACUCUCAGGGCCACGUGGUGCUUACGGACUUUGGGCUGUGUAAAGAGGGAGUGGAGCCGGAGACCACCACGUCCACUUUCUGUGGAACCCCCGAGUAUUUGGCCCCUGAGAUUCUGCGUAAGGAGCCCUAUGACCGCACUGUGGACUGGUGGUGUCUGGGAGCUGUGCUCUAUGAGAUGAUCUAUAGUCUUCCUCCUUUUUACAGCCGGGACAUGUCUGAGCUGUAUGAUGGUAUCCUGCACAAGCCUCUGCCUCUGCCCCCAGGGAAGUCAGACGCUGUCUGUAGUCUGCUCCAGGGCCUCCUGCAGAAAGACCAGCACUGCAGGCUGGGAGCCAUCGACGACUUUUUAGAAAUCAAGAACCAUGUGUUCUUCUCCCCGAUUAACUGGGAUGACCUGUACCACAAGCGGAUCACUCCUCCAUACUACCCCAAUGUGAAAGGGCCAGCGGACACGCAGCACAUAGACCCAGAGUUCACCAGGGAGAUGGUGCCUAACUCGGUGGGUCGCACCCCUGAGCUGAACGCCAGCACCAGCAGCAACAGCGCCUUCAAUGGCUUCUCCUACGUCUGUGGUGAAGAAGACAGCUUCCUCUAAGACAGGGAAGAAGGGCCCUCGCAGCACCACCACUGCCUGAGCUCGGGGUAGAAGUUACCCCUGACCACAUAUCUAGGUUUCAAUUCCUCAACCCCAAAUCCUAACCUUAACCUCUAAGCUAGGGGUGAAAAAUAUAUUUGGCCCUUGAUCCGUUAGUGGCAACCUCCUAUCUGCCACAGAAAUGGAGCACAUUGAACAGAAUGCAUUUUUGUGUAGGCUAUGCACAGUGGCUGCCACGUCUGUUUAUCUAGACCUCAUUAGAACAGGCAGACGCGGCAAACACUAAUGAUAUGUGUGAAACUCUAGUCAAAACCAUGUUUCUGCUCUUUAAGUGCCCGUUUUUAAUACAAAACACGGUGGACCUUCCAAACAUUUGUUAUUUGAAAUUAAAUGUGAUGAUUGUCCAACAAUAUAUUUUUGAUUUGAAAACAUGCCGUUUCUGUUAUCACAGACUUUUUGUAGAUUAGAUUAGAGGCUUGACUCUAUUUGUUGCAUCCAGGCAUGCUUAAAGGGAUAGCUCACCCAAAUUACACAUUUACUUAAUGGUUUCCUUUCCCUGUCAGCAGUCUAUAGAAAAGGUUUGACGGCAAUUAUAGAUGACUUGAACAUGCGUGGAAAAUGUGCGUAUCAGUACCAUGACUUGAAUGAGAUUUGUGCCACAAAUGCCACAAAGUCAUGGUACCGAUAUAAGCAAUCGAUGCUUUGGUUUCAUUUCCCUGGCACUGUUUCUAAAUGUACAAAAAAUGAAGACCAUUCGCACAUACAGGUACUUUGAAAAAUGUAAACACUGCACCGUGUUGUUCAUCUUCCCAGGUGAUUUUAUUGAAACAAAGCCUAGAAGCUUAGCAUCCACCGUUUUAGCCUUUGUGGAACAAAUCCCGAUACCCAUAUUAGCACUUUUUCACACACAGGUUCAAGUCAUGUAGACGUGACUUUGUUGAGCUUCACAAUCAAUUUGAGAUACUUUCUCGUGAUUUGAACAUGUCGAAAAAUGCUAACAUCGGUACGAGGACUUGGAUGUGAUUUGUUCCACAAAUGCUAAAACCUUAGCAUUUGGAAACAUUUCCAAGGGGGAAUAAAACCAAAGCACAGAUUGCUGUUAUAACAUAGACUGCUUAGUGGGUAAGGAAACCAAUGUGUUCUUUUGUAAUGUGGGUGAGCUAUCCCUUUAACAGCAAAAUAAACCUACGCCGUCUUCUUACAACUGUAAAGGUGCGUGCCAUGGUGUUCUUAACCUUGUGAAACAAGCCAUAGGAUUGUGUCAACACAACGGGUGACAUUAAAGACUGUUGACUUAUGCCAGCACCGUGUUAAAGGUGACUGAUGCGCAAUGAAGUAUGUGUACAUAAAAACUUUACAAUGAAUAACUA